AUGAUGUUGAGGGGUUAUCCAGAAACCUGGUCCAGAUGGCCUAAGUUAAAAGUCUACCUAAUGGGACUCUUACAUGUUAAAAGGCAGGCCUGCUUUAAGUCUGGUCACUUCUGCAAGGAAGGAAAGGCAGAGGAAUCCAGUUCAAAUCUCUGGAGAUUGACUUCCAGUGGCAGCUCUGGUGGUGUUGGAAUUGCUGCUAAGCACUACCUUCAACAGACCUUCUUUAAGGCUGGUUACUUCUGCAAGGAAGGAAAGAAGGAAGAGACUGAAAUCUCUGAAGAUUUGCAUGCUGCUGCAGAACCCUUUGACCAUUUGCUGUCCUGCAGGAGUGUUAGGAUUGUUGGAUUGAGUUCCAGUGGCAGCUCUGGUGGUGCUGGAAUUGCUGCUGACCAUCACUGUCGAAAGGUCUGCACCCUGCCCUGGGGAACCAUCAUCCUCUCCCAGCUUGGUUGGGCUGCUUCUGCACUCUGUGAUACUGGCUGGGGCUGGGAUUGGAAAGGAGGCUGA